AUGGAAGAUGAUGUCCAAGAUGUUGUGAAGGAAAUAUCCCAGACUGAGUUCAACAUUUCAGAGAGUGAUCAAAUUUUCUGGAAAUCAGGAGCUACAAGUAAAUUUUCUAUGAAAGAUACUUACAUUGCAAUAUCUGAUCAUAUGCCUAACCCUAUUUGGAAGCAUUUAGUUUGGUUUAAAAACCACAUUCCUAUGCACUCCUUUAUGACUUGGUUAGCUCUCCUUAAAAGACUGAAAACAAAGAGUAAAUUAUGUAAAUGGGGAACUAUAUCUGAUUCCACUUGCAUAUUAUGUGGAACUGAUGAGGAGUCUGAAAACCAUUUGUUCCAUGAGUGUCACUUUUCUUCUGAAAUUUGGAGAGGUCUGCUUCUUAAAAUGGGGAUUAUAAAGGAUCUUGAAAGCUCUUGGGAUGAAGAAAUAAACUAG